AAUAGUGCAAUUGACCGGAACUAUAUUUGGAGCAUGUCGUAUUCUUGCGCACAAAAUGGCGCUAGUGUGUUAGGUAGCGUAUUACUAAGUCAGGCGAGAAAUGUACGAAUAAUCCUAUAUUAGGAUGGAAACGAACAAAAUUAAUCAAUCUAAAUUGUUCGUAACUACGCCGAUUGAAGCUAAAGACGAAUGGGAGGAGAAAUAUGAAAAAUGUUAUACUACACUACAAAGUUUAAUUACUGGAGUAUCAGAAAAAGAAGCUCAUGAUGCGUUAAAUGCAAGUGUUUGCAAGGCAUCUCAAAAUCAUGAAGAAGUUAGUUUAGGUUUAUUAGUUGCUCUUUUAACAGAACCACCAAAUGCUUCCAGGUAUUACAGAGAUUUAACUUAUAUUACAAGAGAUGGACUAAGUUUAGUACAGCAAAAUGUCUCUCACAUUAUUUCUGAAAAAUAUUCAAAGCUCCAAGAAACAUGUAGAACCCAGUUAAUUUGGAUGAUUAAAGAAAUGAUUAAAAAUUCUGUAGCUGGUGUUGAUCAACUUUGUUUUAUAUUGUUAAGACAAAUUGCAGGUGGUGACAUAUCACAUAAAAACAUUUGGUUAGCAGAAUCUAUGUUGGAUAUGUUUGUUGAAAACAGAGCUUGGGUUGAAAGGAAUCCUGUUUUACUUGCUACUAUUGUUUAUACAUACCUUCGCCUUAUUGUGGACCAUGGAUGCCAAUCUUUAUUAACUUUAAGGCAACGAGAAGUAGACUUUUGUAUUUUAUUACUAAGAGAAAGGUUUGUUGAAUGUAUGAUGAUUGGUCGAGAUUUAGUGAGGCUGUUACAAAAUGUUGCAAGGAUACCAGAGUUUGAAAGGCUAUGGAAAGAUAUUUUAUAUAAUCCUUCAUCUUUAGCAUCAACUUUUACAGGUGUUUUACAAUUAUUACAAUCUCGAACUUCUAGAAGAUUUCUUCAAUCAAGGUUAACUCCUGAUAUGGAAAGGAAAAUAUGUUAUUUAACAUCCCAAGUGAAAUUUGGUCAACAAAAAAGAUAUCAAGAUUGGUUUCAAAGACAGUAUUUAGCAACACCUGAAAGCCAGUCUCUUCGCUGUGAUUUAAUUCGUUACAUCUGUGGAGUUAUUCAUCCAUCAAAUGAAGUUUUAUGUUCUGAUAUCAUUCCACGUUGGGCCGUUAUUGGAUGGUUAUUAACAACUUGCACAUCUAAUGUGGCUGCAUCAAAUGCAAAGUUAUCACUAUUUUAUGAUUGGUUAUUUUUUGAUCCAGAAAAAGAUAAUAUUAUGAAUAUUGAACCUGCUAUUCUUGUAAUGUACCAUUCCAUGAGACCACAUCCAGCUAUUACUGCAACAUUACUUGAUUUUCUCUGUCGAAUUAUGUCCAAUUUUUGUGUGCCUCUUGCUAGAGAAGUUAGACAGGGUAUUUACACAUCAUUAAGACAGAUAUUAGAAAAAAGAGUUUUACCGUCCUUAUCUCCGCUUUUUGAUAAUCCAAAACUUGAUCGAGAAUUACGCUCAAUGAUCAGAGAUUCUUUUGCAGAAUUUUGUACAUUAGGAGAAGGAAAACCUGAAGAACCAAUACCUAUCAGAGAACCUGUAGAAGUACUGAAUGAUGGAAAUUUUAAUUCUACACCAAAUAAUAAUGAAAAUGAAGCUCAGUUUAGUGAGGAUGAAGAUGAUAUUCCUUUAGGCAAACUUCGCAUUCGGGAUAUGAAGUUUAGGCCAAUACGUGAAUCAUCAAAGGUUGAACAAAUUAACAUCAAUGAUCACAUUGAACAAUUAAAUGGAGAUGUGAAAACAUUAGUAUUAAAUCUUCAAAAUGAGAAGGAUAGUGAAAUAAAAUGUGAAAUAAUGGAAAAAUUACUUCAAGCUGUUUUACAAGAGGAAGAUUUUGAUCAAGAUUCUGCAUCUACUUUGGGACUCUGUUUAGCACAAAUUCUAAAUGAAGAAUUUGUUCGAAAAAUAUUUCCUCAGGAGAUGGAUGAUGAAACGUUAGAAGAUUCGAUGGGAACACCUUUAUUUGUGAUGUUUCGAAAUCUUUGUCAAACUCCUGAAGAGGAUCCUAGUAGACAACCUCUUUUAAUGAUUUUAGCAGAAAUGACGACGCAUCAACAGCGUUUAGGAUAUCUUCUUUUAUAUUUUCUUAAAGCAAGCAAAGUUCAAGAUAAUAGAAUGUCAUCCUAUAGGGAUUAUGUAAAAAGUUUGGAAUCAAAAGAUUUAGCUACAUGUUUACUUAGUGAUUUAAGGUUAUGUCAGGAGGAUGAUGUUAGGAUGUUUUGUUAUAUUAUACCAGACAUUUACACUCAGUUUCCAAAUAUUGCCAUUGGAAAUGCUGAAUUGUUAAAUCUUAUUGUAUCCUGUAUAGAUCCAACUCAGCUUCAAGAUCUUGUUUGUCAUAUUCUUCAAGGCAAUAUGGUAAUGUUUCGCAAAGACUCGUUUUUAUCUGUUUUAAAUGCCAGUUUAGAAUGGGAAUCUUUCGAACAGUUUUGUUUGUGGCAAUUAAUUGCUGCUCACAAUAUUCCUCUUGAUUAUAUACUUCCGAUAUUACCAAAAUUAGAAUUUCAAGCGCAUGCUGAAGCACUUACAAGUAUAUUGCUGUUAUUAAAACAAGAGAAACCAACAGCAGAAUUACUGAAACACAUCAUGUGUAGGGACGUUAAAUUAAAUGAUCAGUUUGUUGUAUCUGUCUUAAAAUAUUGGUCUCAAGAGCAUGAAGAAAAACUUGCUGAAUUAAUUGGGUCUCAACUUUCAAAAUCUGGUUUAACUCCUAAUAAAAGGAAAAGGCAGCAAGUUACUAAAUCACAAGGUCCAACUGUUGAUCAAACUUUAGCACAUCUUGAUCAGUUAAGGCAAAAUUGCAAACAAACAUCAUUUUUUAAUCAAGAAACUGUACAGUCAUCAUUAAUUCAAGUUCAGUCAUCAUGUUCAGAUGCUCAGAAAUCCAAAUACAGUGAUUUAUUUGCCUUGGUUGAAGAUAUUGAUGAUAUCAAAGUUUCUAAAUCAGUAAGAACAGGAGGUAGGGGGAAAGGCAUUGGGCCUAAAAGUACAGCCAAGUCGAAACAGUUAACUGUAGAUUCUGAGAGUGAUAUGGAUAGCAGUGAGGAUGAAGAAACAUUGAAACCCAAACCACCUAGGAAAAAAAAACGAACAGUUGGUGUGGAAUUUGAUAGUGACUGAUAUUGUUGAAUACUGUAUAGAUACAGUUAUAUACUAGCCCAGAUAUUCUGGAUAAUAAAUGUCAUCAGUGUGCAAGGAGUUCAUUUCCAUUUGUAAGCUUCAUCAUUGUUACAAACUUCAUUAAAUAUCUCCUUGUUUCACGGACUUUCAUCAAAGGGUGGAAGAAACAAAAACAAAUCAGUUCAGCAUUGUGCAACGGGAUCAAAGUGACUUUAUAUUUGAAACUGUUGAAUAAAAAAAAAACUGAAUUAUUGGUGAAACAUCCUGUUUAUACUAAAGAACUAUGGAAUGUUGAAGCUGAUAGUUCUCAAAUUCAUUGUAACAAUCCAUGAAAACUUUCAUGUCUGUGUACAUACUAUUUGUGUGUCCAGCAAAAAUGUGCUCUAUUGUUUUUAAGGUAAACUUUUACAAAUAUUUAUUAAAAAAAUAAAUAAAAAAGAUAAA